CGAGUGCGGGUUAAUUAUGAGUCGAUACGCGCGCUUCCUCUUCGCAUAGCCGCUCUGUGGAAUGCGAUGGGCGGUCUGCAGUCGCAAUUGCGCCACCGCUGCUCGCCGAGUCCGACUUUCACGGAAAGAAAUGUCUCCUCCGGCUGUUAGACCUUCUUCUCUAAACGACGAAGGCCGUUCGGCAGUCGCAGCCGCGUCCGUCUGUUUUUGAGCGAGCCCGGCCGCCCGUUCUACGAGGCCGCGCGUGAAGCCUCGAACUCGCCUCGCCCCUCUGCCCGGCAAGAGGCGAUCCAACUCGGACAGUGAAGGGGUUGGGGCGGGGGGGGGGAGGUCAACCCUGGGUGGUCGGGGUCAGGGACGACUUUUUGGUGGUUGGCUCUCUGGGGGUCUCCCCGCGCCACCCACCACCACCAUCCUCUUGAAACACACGAGCGCGUAGCUGAAUUAGAAGCCAGGACAUGAAUCACAACAGCAUCCCGCCGCGGUGGCUGCACUGCCCGAGGCGCGGGCAAUUGGUGGCCGAGAGGUUCCUGCCGCUGAAGACGAUGCUAAGUACGCGGUACGACGACCAGGUCCCGGAGGAGUGCCGCUUCAACCCCUCUAUGCUCUCAGUCUAUCUCAAGAGCCGCAAGGUGGAGAUGGGUGUACUGAUUGACCUGACCAACACAAAUCGUUUCUACGACAAGAAGGAAAUUGAAGAUGCUGGAAUUACCUACUUCAAGCUGUAUUGCCGGGGACAUGGGGAGUGCCCAUUGCCUGAACAUACACAGGUUUUUGUCAAGUUCUGCGACAACUACAUCAAGAAAAACCCACAGAAAAUCAUAGGGGUGCACUGCACACACGGCUUCAACCGCACCGGCUUCCUCAUUUGCGCCUACCUUGUAGAGAAGCUGGACUGGAGCGUGGAAGCAGCCGUGGCGGAGUUCAGCCGCGCCCGCCCGCCCGGCAUUUACAAGGGUGACUACCUGGAUGACCUGUUCGGCCGAUAUGGCGACUCCGAGGACACGCCAGCGCCUCCACCACUGCCAGACUGGUGCCUGGAGUUUGACGACGGCGAUGCCGGGCUCGAUGAUGACGGUGACGUCCCCGCACAUGGAGCCGCGCCUAGCUCGUCUGGCGGGACCCACACCGGUCGCAAUCGCAGGGAGAUCUUUCGCACUGGCGUGGUGUUCCUGGAAGGUGUCCAAGUGCCUGGCGUCACGCAGAUGACCACCCAGCAUAAAAUCUCCAUGGUGCAGCGCAAGGGCCAGGAAUUCUGCAUGUGGAAAGGGUCUGGCUUUCCAGGUGCUCAGCCCGUAUCUAUGGACAGAAAGAACUUGGUGUUCCUCAGCAAUAAGCAUUACAUGGUCAGUUGGAAGGCUGACGGCACGCGGUACAUGAUGCUCAUCGAUGGCGAGAACGGAGUGUUCAUGAUCAACAGGGACAAUAUUAUAUUCAACGUCGCCAGCCUCGAGUUCCCGAACCGCAAGAACCCCGACAGCCACAUCAACAAUACGCUUUUGGACGGGGAGAUGAUCGUCGACAAGGUGAAUGGGCAGGACGUUCCUCGCUACCUCAUCUACGAUAUCGUCAAAUUCAACGGCCAGCCCGUGGGCCAGUGCGACUUUAGGACGCGCCAGCAGUGCAUCCAGCGCGAGAUCAUCGAGCCGCGGCACGAGAAGAUGAAGGCAGGACACAUCAACAAGGCGAUGGAGCCAUUCAGCGUACGCGCAAAGCCCUUUUGGGACGUGACGCAGUCGCGCUCCCUGCUGGAGGGGAAGUUUGUGCAGCAAGUGAGCCACGAGGUGGACGGACUUAUCUUCCAGCCGGCCGGCACGAGGCCCAUCGAUGUGUACGUGCCCGGACGCUGCACGGACAUGCUUAAGUGGAAGCCUCCAAGCCAGAACUCGGUGGACUUCCGCCUCAAAAUCAGCAAGAUCGGCGGCGAGGGCUUGCUGACGAAGACCAUGGGGCUCCUGUAUGUGGGCCAAAAGGACACUCCAUUUGCACAGAUGAAGGCCACCAAGGAGCUCCGGCAGUACGACAACAAGAUCAUCGAGUGCAAGUUCCACAACAACGAGUGGUUGUUCAUGAGGCAGCGCACUGACAAGAGCUUCCCAAACAGCUUCACCACCGCCAUGGGCGUGUGCGAGAGCAUCCAGUUUCCCGUGACCAAGGAGAUCCUUCUGGACCACAUUGACAAGCAUCGGUACAAAUCAACCGGCGCUUCUGCCGCACCCGCUGCGCCCCACCAUCAUCACCAGCAGCAUCACCAACAGCAGCAUCACCAACAGCAGCAGCACCAACAGCAGCAUCACCAGCACCAGCAACCGCCAGCCCAGCAACCACCGACAGUCUCGUCAAACGCCAACCACGCCGCCGGCGUGAAACGCCCGGGCGCGGACGAAGAAUCCCUGAUGCCGCCGCCCCCUGCCAAGCGGUGAUCGGGCGUGAGCAUCUGGGCCAUUGGCACCGUCGCUUCAGGCGCUGCCCAACGCGCCGGGCUAUGUUGACGAAGGGGUCCUGCGGAGACGAAGGCUGCGUGAGCAAGGAAGGGAGGGAGUGUCGACUCGUGCCGCAGACCACAUGCCCCUCCCCCCCCCCACCGCAGCCUCCGCAUGCCCUUUUUGCAAGUUUUUGGUUGUUUAUGUUUUAUUUAUGCUCAUCUCCUCACUGUUACAAGACACAUCUGUCGUCCGUGAAUGCAUCACAAAUGGCUGAACCAUACGAAUCUAAAUUUGUAAGUGUACGCAAGGCAAUCUGGCCAGGGAUUCAUGCCUUAAAUGUCAAGAUAUUCAGAUCGGUGUAUUAACGGUUUGACCCGGGGUUUUCCUGCACAGGAAGAUGAACUAAGUGGGGACGAGGUGGGCCUCCGAGGUUUCCCCGCUGUGUCUCGUGCAGCGCUUCCCUUCCCAGUGGCCGGCUCACUCUUUAGAGGCCCUCAUCGAAGCGGAAAAGAAAGCAACCAACGUGUACAAAUGCUUCCCUCUGCAUUGUUUCAGUGCUAUCGUGUACAGAUACUUUAGAGCCUGGCAGAAGGCUAUGGUGAAACUAAAUAAUUUCUAAUGGGGGAUGGAGCCAGACCCAAAGGCAAUUCAUGUACGGGGACCGUCUGCUAGCCGCAGACUUGUUUGUCCCAUCAUGUUAAUUGUCGCUCCGUUACCCGCACGAUGUAGUCCUCGGCAGCAUUGAAAUGCACACCACGUCCGCGCCUGUCUGCGCUGAGCAUACAGACUUACUGCAUGAGGACCUACGGAGAGGUAUGUGUAUGCGUGCGUUUCUGUCUGUGCCCCUGUAUCUGUGCGUGCAAGUUUUUAGAUUUAUAAAAAUAACAAGAACGUACGUGUUUUCUUUUCGCCCGGUGCGUGUGUUGGGCAGGUAGCGCCCUAAUGCUUGGUUUACAUAGUUGCAGGGCCAAUGGCACUUGCUGUGUUUUAUUUGCAAAAACCCACAGUUCCAAACCCAGAGGCCACAACACUCCAUGCAUGACCAGCCUGCCCCAACACAUGAAACAAUCAAUGUUUGUUUGCAGAAGUGCAUAUCAGAAGCUCUCAACUCUGCUGCAUAGGGAUGCAGCUCACUCCAGCCUUCCCGUGUCAGCUCUCCUCACCCGCACAGGUUUAAAUUAUGUAACGUGCAUUAGAUUCUAUUGUAUCUGUUGAUUUAAAAAAAACGGUGUAUUAGCAAGAUGCUACUUCAAAAGACCCUGGCUCUUCGCUCUGCACUCGAGUCCUCAAAUUGGGCAGCACACUGAGUAAGCCUGAUGCUCCACGAGCUAAAUUCCGAGUAGUGAAACUAAUGGACUUAAAAUGAUGCAGCUCAGCAUGGUUAAUCAAAAUCAACAGAUAAUAGCGUCCCAUUGAAUUUAUUUUGAUUGGGAGUGGGGAGGUGGAGAAUGUACACUUUGGCAGCGUCAGCCUUUGAGUGUUAAUUUGUAAAUGUUCAUUAUCUGCGGUUUACGUUGCGUGGCUAACUGGUCUUGUGGGGCAAUCCUCUGCCUAAGCUCACCAUCUAUGCUGCACCGGGAAGGGCAAGGACACUUGGGGAUGCUCAGAUUUUGUAACUUUACUAUCAAAGUACAAAAUCAAAGAAAAAUAAACAGUGUAAUCACGUUUU